CAUUUCAAAGCAUUUUAUUCAAAUAAUGUGAAAAUUUAUACAAGGUACCAGACACCCCCUAAAGUGUUCUUAUUUUGCAGUAAACGAGAUCACCAAAACCCCGCAAAGCCCUAGUUGGUAGGGCCUAUUUCACCUUCUUCCAUAACGAAAAUCGCUUGUUUUUCCUCGUGGGGUUGUAGCAUUUUAGCCUCUGAUGGCUUCUAUUCUUCGUAAAUCUCUGAAAAACCCAUUUCUAUCAGCCGCAAGAAUCACCACAAUCCUCAGCACUAAACCUACACCUACAUCACCUUUGUUCCAACACCCUUCUUCCAGUAGGCUUGGUCAAAUCCCAUUUUUUCUUCAAGAAAGAACAUCUGAUUCAAAUCUGAGUGUUGGGUUUUUUCCAAGUUUUUCUUUUGGUCAUUUCUUGAAUCCAGUUUGUCCAAAUGGGCUGAUUAAAGCUGAGGAAAAUAAGGAAGAUAACGUUGUUGUUGAUGAUGAGGCACAUAAGAUUUGGGCGGAUAGUGUGAAGAAGAAGAGGAAGAGGAAGAUGAACAAACACAAGCUGAAGAAGUUAAGGAAGCGGCUAAGGAGGAAGACAUAGUGUAUUUGACACUGUUAUCGAUACUUUGACGGCAGAAGCUGCUUGUGGACACUGCUGUGUUCUCAUUAUCAUUUCCUUAAGAAAUAUUUUUGAUUACUCAUAUUUUGGAGCAAACAAAGAGGAACGACAUAGGUUUUUCAUGUAACUCUGUCUUUUGACCCCAAAAUAAUACUGGAAGUGGCAUCACUCUUGUUCAGUACGCACAUGGGCAUGAGUUUGUCUUUCCUUUCUUUUGUCGCACUAUUUGUACCCCUUUUCUUCCCUUUGGUAUAGAGUGUGGGUUCUUAGAUGAUCAUCUCAAAUGUAUUUUAUUACCACAGGGAAUAAAGAUUUACUAGCAAUGCA